AUGCAGGCAACUCAAAAUUCGAUGCACGGGUUCCCUGCCGUGCGAACAGUGUCUCAGCAAAGGUCGGGUGUGUAUAUCCAUGAUCUCGAACAAAGGCUGGAGUCACUCGAGCGCGAUAGGCGAAAUGCCAGCUUGUCUCCUCCCACAGGUAGCGCAAUUUGGACCUGGCCAGAUGCAGCGAGGGAAGAUGGUGAAUUUCCCCGGAGCGAAAAGACUUACACUCCAGCUGUGCUAACUCGAUCAGAAGAGCCACGACGUGGCGUGUCGCCUUCGGAGCGACCUUCGGAAAGACACCAAGAGGACGGACGAGAUCAACCACCAAUAGCCAGUUUACCAGCACGACAAGAGCUAAGCGAAUCACUCGAGCCUGGGCUUUCGAAUCCGUUCGGACUUGGUUUUGCCAACUAUGACCCUGAUCGCGAUGGCAAGCCGCUCUAUUUUGGACCGUCUUCAAAUUGGUCGUUUGGCCGCCGUGUCCUGUCCCUGGCCUACAAGCGGAUUCGCCGAACUCCUCUCCCUCUAGACAAUCUGUUGUUCGAGGGCAAAGUCUACAAACUGGGAUGGGACGGCAAGAGAAAUUCUUCCACAAGACUCACCGGCAGUCAAAUCUCCCUUCCCGCACCAGACUUUGCCGCGCAUUUGAUUAACCUAGUCGAUUUCCACUGUACUCAAUUAUUCUACCUGUUUGACAAAGAGAUCUUCAUGCGUCAAUUCACAUUAUUCCACGAGAGUGCGCCUGGGGGCCCUGAUCGUUCGAGCCUCUGGUAUGUGCAUUAUUUACUGAUCCUGUCAUUCGGAAAGGCGUACGCUGUCCAGACGACCACAGCCUCCAAGGCAGCAGGGACAGAGUUCUUCGUGGAGGCCAUGCAGUUACUCCCUGAUUUCAUGUUCAUUGGUGCGGACCCUAUUGAACUGACACAGGUCUUAUGCUGUGCUGCCCUGUUCUUCCACUGCCUCGAGUUUCGAUGCGCUGCUUAUAAAACGAUUGGCUGGGCCGUUCGACUAUCGCUCGAAAAUGGCUUGCACUCGGACAUGAAGAGCCAGUACAUCAGUACAUCAUUAGUACAGAGAUGUCGCAAGCUAUGGUGGACGGUGUACAUUCUCGAUCAACAGAUGUCAGCUCUCAUGGGGGCUCCUGCAGCUGUUGCAGAGGAAUCAAUUGCUGCGCCACUACCAGAUUUCCCCAAGUCUCCUCAGCGACUUGCGGCGCUUGAUUUCCAGAUCAGACUGAACAAGCUGCUUGCACGAGUGCUCAACACCAUCUAUGGACCCGAAGGCAGCUUCAAGGAGGGAUUUCUAGCAUCUGCCAAAGAUACCUUGAAAAGUCUCGCCAGCUUGACGGAUCUCCUCAACACUUCGUUCAGUGUGUGUGUCAUCCUUACGACCAGGCCCAUUCUUUACAGCAUUCUAGAAGCUAAGCUUGCCGCUUCGGGAACUUUCGCCAAACUUCUAGAGUCCCAGACUACCAAUAGACUCGUGCAGGUCUGUAUCGAAUCAGCACAGCAGACAUUGAACAUAUUAGGGAUCCUGCGUGAUCAGACACUUCUUGAAAGUGUUCUGCCCUUUGAUCUUGAGUCGACGUUUGUUUCGACACUUGUCAUUUUAAUGGCUCAUGCCGUGGAUACUCUGUUUAUCAAGGACUCUACUCCAUGGUCUUCAGUGGCUUACAGCAUCUUGGAUGAAAUGAUCCGCAGAGGCAAUUUGGUGGCUGCGUUGAUGAAAUCUGAACUGCAACAAUUGGAAUCUACUCUGCGUCAACUCCCGGUGCGUGACACUGAGCGACGCAGGCCCAGUGUCGAAGUACCGAGCAUAACUGGACUUGGUGGCAACAAGAUGACGGCAAAGGAUGCAGCACAACCCAGCUCGUCUUACGAGCUUCUGGCUUCUCGAGAGAGUGGUCCUCAGCUGUUUCAACCGGGCUUUGGGGACACCCACAGGCCCUCGUCCACCGCCACUCUCAGUCAGGGAACGGAUGCCUUCUGGCAAACCGAUGGCUUUACGGGAGAGCAACUCGUCAAUGUGGCCGAUUCGAUCGAUCUCGAUGGGCUUGAGUGGCUGUCGGACCCGGCUUUUGGAGAUCUGACACACGACAUUGCGAGGUGA